UAAUGCGCGCUCGCAAAAUCUAUAAGUUGUUUGUCAACAGGUUUCUCGUCCCAUUUCUUGUUCAGUCGCUCUCUCGAACGUACGUUGCUUAUGCUAUUGAAGUUCUUGUAAUGCAAAUUUUUAUCUUGUGCUAAGGAUUAUUGCGGUGCUUACCAAUUUUUUUUUUAUUAUUUUUGAACUGAAUUUUUUCGCAUUUAUUUUUAUUUUAGUGAUUUAUAAAUUUAAAUUAGUAUUUUAACGUAUUUAUAUUUUUAUUUCAGUGAUUAAUUAUUCGUAUUUUAUUAUUUUAUCGACGUUUUUUUUGGUAAGAGCCCGAUUCGUUCUUUUAUUUUUUCGCUACUGUGCUAUAAUUCGUGUUUUUAUUCGUAAUUCGCGAAUUUUUAAAAAAUGGAAAACAAUACUUUUCCUUGUGAUUCGAAUCCACGUGCUGAAAAUUUCGAAUAUUGUACUGGUAACGGAAAUUCCACGCAGAACGAUUACGAUAAACGAAAUUUCACUAAUGAUCGAUAUAAUGGAAACUGCGGCCAUCGAUCGCCUAGAUUAUUAUAUUCUGAAGACGAAGAAGAAGAGCUGAGCGUCUCUUUGGCAGAUUAUUACGGAAAGGACCUCGCAGCCAUGCUGAAAACAAAUUUCAACAGCAAAAGUUAUCGUUUUGCUACACGAGACGCUCGAUUACCAUGUGCUGAUCAAUUAUUCUCCGAAGAGAAGUGGAAUGUUGGUUAUUUAUCGGAAUUGCAGGAUAUCAAACGUGAUCUCAAUACUGUCAAAUCGAAGUUGGACCAGUAUGAAUUAUCCGAAUGGCAUAAACAUACCAGAUCCAUGAAUCCAGCCGAUAAAGUUAUGAGACAUUUACGAAGAGAUGUCAAAGUCGAAUUUUUAACUCAGGCUUGGUGUAAAUUUUACGAAUUGAUCAGCAAGUAUGAUCUCAUACCAUCCGAAGCUCUUUCUGGCAACACGUUGUUUUCCUAUCACAUGUGCGAAGCUCCUGGCGCAUUUGUAGCCUCGUUGAAUCAUUAUUUGAAGCUCAAUCAUCCCAAUUUAAAGUGGGAGUGGGCAGCCAACUCGUUGAAUCCGUAUUACGAAGGAAACAACUUAUCUGAAAUGAUCAACGAUGACCGAUUCAUGCUGCAAACCAUCAAGCAUUGGGAUUUUGGACCCGAUAUGACCGGAGACAUCACUCAUCCUGAGUAUCCUUCGUACCUGAUUCAAAGUUCCGAAAAUAUUCUGCCUCACUUGGUGACCGCUGAUGGUAGUUUUGAUUGCCAAGACAACCCCGAUGAACAAGAAAGCUCUGUGUCUUGGCUCCAUUUCAAAGAAACCUUGAACGCUUUAAAUAUUUUGAGAAAAGGUGGAAAUUUCGUCAUCAAGAUGUUCACUUUUUUCGAAAGCGAAACCGUUUGCCUGCUUACAUUAUUAGCCGCCUCAUUCGAAGAAAUCAUUGUCGAAAAACCUGCUACCAGCAAAGAGGGAAAUUCCGAAUGCUACGUUGUUUGCCAACGAUACCUAGGCCGAGAUGCUAUCUCAUCAUGUCUCGAUCGAUUACUUCAAAUUGAUUUCCAAACAUACCAGCAUUACUCGAUGUUUCCACUCGUAACAUGCAACUUGUUUUUCUACCGUCAAAUUAUCGGAUGCGCUUCUCAUUUCGCCUCCAUGCAGAUGGAUGUCAUCGAACGUAACAUUCGAAUUUAUGAAUCCAAUCCGCAAGAUCCGAAUCUUCAAAAACAUUGCGAUUUCCUGCAGGAGAAGUUUGUCCAGUAUUAUAUGAAAAAAUAUAAGCUACGCCCGAUCAAGCUGGAAGACAAUAUUGUCAAUCUGCCCAAACUUAAACAUCAGGUGGACAGAAAACCUCCUCAAGUGAUCGAGAGUAAAUACCGUGUACAAGGCUCCCACGCUGAACGUAUCCAAAGAUCCGCCCUCGAAGCCAAAGAUUUACUCGAGAAAAUCGACGAAGAACUGAACGACGACUUUUGCAAGAAUCUAAAAACUCAAAUCGAGCUCCCAAGAGGAUAUGAAAUUCCUGUCGAGGAAUACAAGCUAAUUGUUGGAAAACCUAUCGAAGUUGUCCAAAGUUCUCAAUUUUGCCACGGCCGAUUCAUGAGAAUACGAAACGAAUUGAUCAAAGUCUACGGAUAUCGCCAUUUAAUGAUAACGGCUACCCCAAUGCCGUACAGACCGCAAGAUGAAUAUUGCAAUUGUUGCAAUUUUUCAUUGUUCUACAUGAAGAAUAAUUGCGACAGAGCGCAAAGAGAAUGUUUUUAUAUGCUUUUCGAGAAGCUAUUCAGUCUUUCGGAAGGAGACAGUUUGAAGCUUGUGGCAUUUCCAUUAUUAACGCGCUUCAACGUUGAGGUUUUAUGCGUCUUAAGGCAGAUCUUCAAGCAAGUGAUCUUCACCGCUCCUAAUGACGUAUUAUUAGUCGAUAUGGAAUCCGAAAAGCGGAAUUUAUGGACGUUAGUGUUGGUCGAUUUAUUCUUGGCUUGUGCACCGAGUUCAACACGUGCUAUAUUAUCGUUUCUGCCAAUUGGCUACACAACUGGUCCCGAUAACAAGUUCUACGAAUGGUUGGUCGAAGCCAAUAAUGCUUGUUUGUACAAUGAAAUAAAGCAUGCGGUAGAUUUUCAUCUUAGACGAUAGUAGGUAAUUAUUCAACAAAGGCUAGUCCUUCCUUAGUCUCAUUUUUUAAUUUGUUUUUAUUCAAUAUGAUGCAUUGUUUUUUUUUCUUUUUUUGAUUAUUUCGUGUGUAUUAUGUUAAUUUUUAAUUGUAUAAUGUACCAGUACCAGUACCUGUACUUAAGCAUAUUUUGACUAAGUAGUUAUCUUACAUGCAUAUAUUGUUUAUUGCUCUCAAUACAUGCUGGUUUUUAUCUAAAAAUUGUUAUUUUUUAAUACAU